AAGUCGCGCUGCGCCUCGUCGCUGUCAGCUUCACGCGCGUGCGGAAAACACCAGCUCAGUUGUGAAGGACGGGAAGAAGCCAGCCGCGCUCCGGGACGCUUUCCCCGCCUGUUCGUCCGCGUCCAGCCCUGCGAGGUCGUCUGAGCAGGUCACAUCCUUUAUUCCAAAGUUCGUCGUGUUUUCGCCUCAUCUCCUCCGACGUUCUUCUUCUCGAGACUCGGCGCAGAGGAGCCCUGCGGUCAUGUCGGGACAGAGGCGAGGAGCUGCGGCGCGCCUGCCCAAAUGUGCCUUCUGCAGAAGCAGCCGGGACAAGGAGUGCGGUCAGCUGCUGGUGUCUGACAGCCAGAAGGUGGCAGCCCAUCACAAGUGCAUGCUGUUCUCUUCCGCUCUCGUCACGUCACACUCGGACAGCGACAGCAUCGGAGGGUUUUGUGUCCAGGACGUCAAGAAGGAGAUCAAGAGGGGAAACAAGUUGAUGUGCUCGUCAUGUCACCAGCCGGGUGCGACCAUCGGCUGUGACGUCAAGACGUGCCGGAGGACGUAUCACUAUUACUGCGCUGUGAAGGACAAAGCCCAGGUCAAAGAGGAUCCUCCGCAGGGGAUUUAUCUAGUUUACUGUCGCAAACAUCGGGAUGCGUCUCAAGAUGACCUCCAAGAUGAGGAGGGCGGUGAGGCCAACGACUCCGACUCCUCCUCGCCUCCUCAAAGCAGAGGCAGGGGGAGGUUCGAGAAGGGCAGAGGCAAGUUUGGAUCCCGCGGUCAGUCAGAAGAAACCCGCUCCACCUCCUCCUCACAAGCUGCAGACGAAGAGAGCUCCUCUCAU